UGGUAUCCCAUACUAUUCAAACCAGAAUAAAUCUGAAAGGGGUUUCAGAGUUGUUAUUCGUCACCUGCACCCCUCUACCCCUUGCUCGUGGAUCACCAGCGAGCUGCAGAAGCUCGGCCACCAGACUAAGUUCACAAGGAACAUGACAAAUCCUGCAACUGGUGGUCCGAUGCGGAUGCACGAGGUAGAAAUUGUCUCGGCCAUGGACGGAAGCCACCUUAGGAUCCUCUCCAUUAAACAGCUAGGAGGACAAAAAGUGGAAAUCGAAAGGAAAAACAGGACGAGGGAACCGGUCCAGUGCUUCAGGUGCCAGGGAUUCAGGCAUGCUAGGAACACAUGUAUGAAGCCCCCAAGGUGCAUGAAGUGCGCUGGCCAGCAUUGGUCUAGUGAGUGCACUAAGCCAAGAUCAACCCCCGCCACCUGUUCAAACUGCCAAGGAAACCACAUCAGCGCAUAUAAGGGGUGCCCUGCCUAUAAGGCAGAGAAGCAAAAAUUAGCAGUCAACAGGAUAGAUUUUCACAAAAUUAGGACAAUAAUGGACGCAAAAAGCAACAAUAACGAACGUCAGCCCCGCCCCCCUUUCAACAAGACCCCCCGACUACCCUAUAGUACCGAAAUGGCCGAAGCCCGAAAGGAAGCCGCCAGGAAGUCUGCAAUGAACCCGUUCCGGCAAAAUGUGAAGGAUAGUAGGCCAAACCUACCGUACCUUUCUUCACAUGAAAUCGCCAUCCAAAAACGCCUAAAUAAAUGGCGCCGGAGUACAAACAAGGCCUCCACAAAUAGCAGGACCAAUCCUAAGAACGGGCUUCGAAAGGAACAAAAAAAGGUAGAAAAAGCUAUGGAGCACAAACAGGGAAAAGACGACAGCCCCCCGACAACGAGCAGAGCUGCUUUGGCAAAUCUAAAGCCAAAGAUAGUCAAGGAGACAACGCCCUCACCACAAAAUAUCAACACUUUUCCAGAAAAUAGCCAACCCGACGACCCAGUCAUUAAACUGGCAAAUAGAGUUGACAACCUGGAAAAGAAAAUUGAUAUAUUAAUGGCCUUAAUUAUACAAGCAAGAAAUCCGGACGAAUAAACCUCUUGACGACGUAUUCCUGCUGACCCCCACGAUGAAGACGUAAAGGAUGCCACCCACUAGGACCAGCAUAUACGAAACUGGAAGCUGAUGGACAGGAGAAGGAUCAACGCGCAGCAAAAACAUGAUGAAUUUAAGUCGACUCAUUGCAGCAGCGUAUGCACAACGUCACUUAUCUGAAUUUUUUGCUGCAA